AAGACACUGACAAUGAGGAACAUUUAUAAAGUGCUGGCCCGCCAAUACGAUCCUUUGGGAUUCAUAGCGCCCUACACUACUCGAGCAAAGCUCAUUGUUCAGAGCAUGUGGGACAAACCCCGUGACUGGGAUGACCCAUGUAUCCCCCCUGACUUGCAGAAGGCAUGGACGACAUGGGAAUCUGAGCUUCACUGGCUACCUCACAUUGCUGUACCUCGUCCUUAUGCUCCAGGCCUCACUGAACCGAUGGUGGUCUCAAGACAGAUACAUGUAUUCAGCGAUGCCUCCACUAAAGCGUAUGGCUCUGUGGCAUACAUUAGGACUGAAGAUGUCCAAGGACGAAUACAGGUAGCCUUCCUCGCUGCACGAUCUAGAGUGGCACCUCGUCGCCAACACUCAAUCCCUCGCCUUGAACUUUGUGGAGCGUUGACUGCUGCUCAAUUAGCGAAGAAGAUCGAGACAGAGCUAACCAUCAAGACAGAUAAACCAAUACUCUGGAGUGACUCAACGACAGUAUUAACCUGGUUGCAUUCGGAGUCAUGCCGGUUUAAAGUUUUUGUGGGCACGCGUAUUGCAGAAAUUCAGGAGCUAACCGCAGGGAGUACCUGGCUUUAUGUUGACACUGCCCAGAACCCAGCUGACGAUGUGACCAGGGGAAAGGCCUUGGCAGAGCUUGCUGUUCCAAAUCGUUGGAGUCAAGGACCGCUCUUUCUUCAUAAACCCUCUACGGACUGGCCAUCACAACCUGGAGAACUCCUUGAGCAGGACAUUUCUGAGUACAAGAAAGUGACUCUAUGUGGAACAAUCUCCAAAGCUAACAGACAGGAGGCUCAAGGGGCCUUAACUUACCAGUCUUGGAAUGACCUGAUGGAGUCAGUAGCACAGGAGGCAUAUGGGGCGGCCAAUCAAGAUACCUGUUUAACUGCGAAGGACUAUCGUCGAGCGGAGAAGUCUAUCUUCAGUAGGAUCCAAGCAGAGUGCUUUCCAGAAGAGUUACAUUGUCUUAAAGCAGGUAAAGCUGUGCCUCGCAGCAGCCGUCUUGCAUCUCUAUCACCAGAGCUCGAUCCCAGUGAGGGAUUUAUACGAGUAGGAGGGAGACUCCGACGAGCUGAAGGGUUAGACACAGCCUUCAAGCACCCUAUUCUCUUAGACCCGUCACACCAUAUGACAAAACUCCUCAUUCGGGAUUACGAUGAACGACUCUGUCAUCCAGGUCCAGAGAGAGUCUUUGCGGAGAUUCGUCGCACGUUCUGGAUCCUUCGUGGAAGGGAAGCCAUAAGGAGAGAGCAACACCAAUGCCAAGGGUGCCAGCGAUGGAAAGCUAAACCCUCAGUUCCAAAGAUGGCAGAUCUUCCCUUAGCUCGCCUUCGCCUAUACCAACCGGCAUUUUACUCAACAGGCGUUGAUUGCUUUGGUCCAUUUCAAGUGAGGAUAGGAAGACGUUCUGAAAAGAGAUGGGGCAUUAUUUAUAAAUGUCUUACAACUAGAGCGGUCCAUUUGGAUCUCCUGCAUGCCAUGGAUUCGGACUCGUUCCUAAUGAGCUUAAGGCGAUUCAUUGCGCGCCGUGGCAGUCCAGCUGAGCUUUAUUCCGACCAGGGCACGAAUUUCAGAGGAGGUGAAAAGGAGCUGAGCGAAUGGUUUAGUCGCAUGUCUCCUGACCUUCAGCAACUCCUCGCCAAGCAGAAAAUCGCCUUCUGUUUUAACCCCCCUGCAGCUCCACACUUUGGGGGGACAUGGGAGAGGGAGAUUAAGUCUGUUAAGAUGGCCUUGAAUACUGUCAUUGGAGCUCAGCCCAUAUCUGAGGAAGUCUUACGCACUGUUCUAUUGGAGGUCGAAGCAAUACUAAACUCUAAACCAUUGGGUUACACUUCCUCAAAUGUUGCCGACCUGGAUGCUGUGACGCCAAGUAUCCUUCUAAUGGGGCGGCUUGAUGGCACACUGCCGCCAGUUGUGUAUCCAAAGAGUGAAGGAUUAAGCCGGCGGAGAUGGCGUCACUGCCAAGUGUUGGCUGAUCACUUCUGGGCAAGAUUUAUCAGGUGCUAUCUGCCCACACUACAGUGCCGCCAGAAGUGGCGUGAUACUCAAGCCAACCUGACAAAUGGAGCUGUAGUCAUGUUGAUGGAUCCACAGUACCCUCGAGCACUCUGGCCUAUUGGCAGGGUGAUUAAAGUUCACCCAAGUGUGGAUGGAUGUGUACGAUCUGUAGAUGUACAAGUUAAGGACAGGGUUUACACCCGGCCUGUUGCCCGGCUUAUUCUUCUACCUGCAAUCCCAGCUGAGAACGUUGAGGAAAAUGGCUUGAAUGAAUCCUAAUUAACAGUACACUUUUGCAUGGUCAAAUUGCAAGCAAUUUGGGGGCGGCUGUGCAAAAGGCGAUUAAAGAAAGUGAAAGCAUGUUGUUGCGGAUGGUGCCCGGAGGACUUUUAUUAUGAAAGUAUAGAUCGCCGCUGGCCGGAAAAGAAAGUGCUUUCACUCUAGCGAUCGCUAGAUCAUCGCAGCCAUUGCUCACGUGCAGUCCUCCAUCUGUUAAGAGCCACAGACGGACACUGCAGCUCCCUUUCGUGACAGAAGAUUGUUUAUGGUGUUGUGUGCGUCCUAUAAGAAGAAACCACACCCCCUAUACACCCUACAAACAUCCCUAAGUGCUCAGAUCAAGGAUCUAGUGUUUCAGUUCAUACAAGCAAGCGCACGCCAAGUUAUCUUCUCAUUGGCCUAAAUGUUGAUGUACUAAGCCCUACGGACUUCAGUGGAUGCUUUAAAGCUGCUCUGCCCAUACUAUCAAUGUUUGCUGCUGGAUUAGAGCUCACUCCCCAUCCUGUUAAUUCUUACUGAUUGAUAGCUGUACAGGCUGGCUCCCCCCCCCCCUUUGUGGACAAUUUGCAGUUUGCAAUAAACCCUGUUUAACUUCA